UCUAUUUUUAUUCCCAAGUAAAAUUUGGGAUUAAAAUUUAACACAUCCAAAUGAAUUGGACGGUUUUAGCUCCUGCAAGACGCAACUUUAUUAAAUGGAUUGAUAUAUUGCAGCCUACAUUUAACAAUAGGAAUAUACAAUGCUCCAUCUGGAACACAUGUGAAAAUUCCGAAGUUGUAGACUCCAAUAACUUUUCAAAUUCUCUGAAAUGCAUUUCCACUACAGACAGUAUUCAUGAAAACAUUAAGCAGAUUUGUCUUAUACCACUGACUAUUUUGAUUAUUGCCAUCAAUGUCUGUGUAUUGUUGGUGAUUGCUGUCAACAAAAAAUUUCACAACACGACAUACAUGCUAAUUGCGGCUCUGGGAUUUGCAGACCUUUGCGUUGGUUUUGUCUCAAUUGGAACUCUUGUAACCCGAGCAUCAGAGACAACUCUAGACUUAUGCUUGAUUCGUAUUGGUUUUACAAUAGCUGCCUGUAUUGGUUCUUUGUUAGUUCUAAUGCUUAUUGCGAUAGACAGAUACAUCGCUGUUUUUAAAGGACUAAGAUAUAUUCAAAUAGUGAAACGAGAAAGAGUAAUAUUUGGAAUUGUUCUGGUGUCAAUUAUUUCUAUUGCUGUUGGAUUCAUGCCAUUGAUGGGAUGGCGUGUGUCAACGUACAAUAAAUAUUGCUCCUUUUUGUAUGUUGUACCAGCUAACUACAUAAUUGUAUUAUUUUCCAGUUGCGUUUUUAUUCCAAUUACAGCCAUGUUUGUGAUCUAUGGGAGAUUGUACAAAAAUGCACAAAUUCACAUUAAAAGAAUUGAAUCUAUUGAAAACAUUACUCAGCCUAGAUUAAGUAAUGGACAAUUAAGAAUUUCUGCAAGAACGGCAAAAUCUUUGAAAACUCUUACCGUUGUGUUUGGAUGUGUUAUAUUGACGUGGAUGCCUUUCUUGAUCACAUCCAUCGCACAGAUCAUCUGCGGAGACGAGGCUUGUUUUCUUAAGGACAUUGUCGGGACACAUUUACUGAUAUUAGGAUUUUCAAAUUCAUUUUUGAAUCCAGUUAUAUAUGCUCUUGGUACAAAGGAUUUUAGAGAAACAUUUUUCCAUACUUGUUUUGGAAGAUUUCCCUGUUUCAAUCAAAGACCGUCGCGGUCGCGGUCCAAUAUCUAUCCUGUAUUAUCUAGAACACGACUUUAGUGCAUUGAAUUUCAGCAGGCCGAAGUUAUG